UUCUGCAAAGAACUAAAUACUUUAACAUGGCUUUUAAGUUUGUUUUCGCACUUGCCUUCGUAGCUGUUGCCAGCGCCGGUUAUGUUCCUGCCGCUCAGGUUUAUCAUGCUUCUCCAGUUUCUGUACAUGCUGCUCCUGUAGCUGUCGCUCAAAAGGUUGUUGUCAAAUCAGAGGAAUACGAUCCUCAUCCUCAGUACAGAUUCUCUUAUGGUGUUGAUGACAAACUGACUGGUGAUUCCAAGAGUCAAUUUGAAGAACGUGAUGGUGAUGUAGUGCGUGGUGAAUAUUCAUUGAUUGAUGCUGAUGGUUACAAACGUACUGUGCAAUACACCGCUGAUGCCCUCAAUGGCUUCAAUGCCGUCGUAAAUCGUGAACCUCUUGUCAAGACUGUUGCUCCAGUUGCUCAUUAUGCUGCUCCCGCUGUUGUAAAAACUGUUGCUCCUGUAGCUCACUACGCUGCUCCUGCUGUGGUAAAAACUGUUGCUCCUGUAGCUCACUACUCCGCUCCUACUGUAGUCAAAACUGUGGCUCCUGUGGCCCACUACGCUGCACCUGCUUACUCCCAUUAUUCAGCACCAGCUGUUGUUAAGAGCGUUGCCCCAGUUGCUCAUUAUUCCGCUCCAGUUGCUCACUACUCUGCUCCCGUUGCUCACUACUCAGCUCCCGUUGCUCACUAUUCAGCUCCUACUCAUUACACAUCUUAUGCUGCUCCAGCUGAAUACGAUCCUCAUCCUCAGUACAGAUUCUCUUAUGGUGUUGAUGACAAACUGACUGGUGAUUCCAAGAGUCAAUUUGAAGAACGAGAUGGAGAUGUUGUCCGUGGUGAAUAUUCAUUGAUUGAUGCUGAUGGUUACAAACGCACUGUGCAAUACACUGCUGAUGCCCUCAAUGGCUUCAAUGCCGUCGUACAUCGUGAACCUCUUGUCAAGACUGUUGCUCCAGUAGCUCAUUAUGCAGCUCCCGCUGUAGUAAAAACUGUUGCUCCUGUAGCUCACUAUGCUGCUCCUGCUGUCGUAAAAACCAUUUCCCCAGUGGCCCACUACUCCGCUCCUACUGUAGUCAAAACUGUGGCUCCUGUGGCCCACUACGCUGCACCUGCUUACUCUCAUUAUUCAGCACCAGCUGUUGUUAAGACCGUUGCCCCAGUUGCUCAUUACUCCGCUCCAGCUGCUCACUACUCUGCUCCCGUUGCUCACUAUUCAGCUCCUACUCAUUACACAUCUUAUGCUGCUCCAGCUGUUUCAUACCAUCACUAAAUCAUUGAAUUUACCACACAAAUUGUUAAUCUGUUCGAAUAUUUAUUUUACGAGUACAAAAAAUAUAAGAAUCAAAAUAUGUUAAGUUAAUAAAAAUCAAUAUUUUCACAUAAAUGUUCACUAUA